CUAAAAUCCACACACUUCAAACUCCCGAAUCAUCAGAUCUCUCCCUUUCCCUUAUCCUGCACCCAUUGCCCCCCUAUACGGACUCUCCACUCUAUUUUCUAUCACAUCUAUCGCCGCUAUGGCCGCCGACCUAUCGCCACCGGAAGUUCCAAUCACCGCUGUCGCCGCCGCGGUAACGACUUCCAACACGGCAAAUAUUACAUUAACAGAACCCGAAGUCGCCACCACCGCAACCGUCUCCAUGCCUCCAGCUCCAAAGCGGCAACGCCGCCCAAGCGUCCGUCUCGGAGAGAUCGGCGACCAAUCAGCUACUAUCUCAUACGAAACGCAUCACAUCCGCCGCUCAAAACCUCCGUGGCGCGUCCAUAAAGACUCCUCAAAAUCAGUGAAAGCGCGCUCGUUAACAAAUCUAGUAAACGGAAACGACAGCUUUGAGAAUCAAGAAACAGACGGCAACAAUCAAAACGGCGACGUAAUUCUCGAGUUCGGACAUCGGAAGAAAGCGAAGCGAGCAAAACGAGUCCGGUCUAAUUGGAUAUCAACAAAAGCCGAUGACGAUAAUAACAGUAGAGAAGACGAAGACGAAGGAUUUAGGGAUUUUGACCAAGAUUCGGAUAGUCAACUGUUAAAGGAUCAGCAACAAAGUCCGGUUCAUUCCAAUGAUAACAACGUUACGUGGCAUGGUCAUAGAACAUCGGGUAUGGGUCGGGAAAUGGAUAACUAUCCGGAAAAAUGUAGUACGAGUGAAGGAGUGAGGACGUGGCUAAUUGAAUUAGGGCUGAGUCGAUACGCUUCCGUUUUUGAAGUACAUGAAGUUGACGAUGAAGUGUUGCCAUUGUUAACGUUGGAGGAUCUUAAAGAUAUGGGAAUAAACGCUGUUGGUUCCAGAAGAAAACUUUACUCUGCUAUACAGAAGCUUCGUAAGGGGUUUUCUUGACUUUCUUUUUGUUUUUGUAUCUUUUUUUUGAUCGAAUGUGUAACUUUACUUACUCAUAAAAAAAAGUUCAUAAGAAACUGCUCAUGUGAUCUUUCUAACUAAUAAAUUAAUAAUGGUUUUAUAUAGUAAA